GGCCCUUUGGUCGAACCCAUCUUGCGCAGACGGCCUAGGAAGUCGGCUGAACCGGUACCUGAGCGCCCCACGAAACGUUGUCGGCUAGCUUAGGGAAUGUUGCUUACGAGUAACAAGAUCUACUCGCGAGAAUCAUGGCGGGGAUCAAUUCGAGAAACAGCUCCGGGCUCCGGUACUUGGAGGAUGCGCAUCUUCAAUCGCCGCUGGUUAGUGGCGAUAUGAAGGCUUUCAGCGGGGACGCCAGCAUCACUGGUUUCCAGAAGGCAGGCUUUCAAACUGUCUCGAAUGAAAAUGACCUUUUCGAGGUAAAUUGAGUUGAGGCCACCGAGCCGCUGGAAUCGAAGACCGAAGCCGGGCUGGCAACUGUUAGCCUUGUUCAUGAUGAGACCCUCCGAGUCACUGAUGGUAAACUCGGCACAACUCCCGUGCCAAAAGUUGAGGUCAUCACGCCAACCCCUGCUGGAAAUAUUCGACUGCCAGGUCUCGCAGCUCCUUCCACCGGAUCCGCGAACCAUCACGUACGAUGCUUUUAUCGAUAACCUGGACAGCAGGGUGAAGAGGAUAUCGGAAGCGAUGCGGAUUUUGGCGGCGAGAGUGGGGCAGGAACCGGAGCAGAGCGCUGGUGUUGUGCUGUUGGGGAAACAGCUUGCUGAUAAGAAGAGUCUGUACAUCGAAAGAUAUGUGGAUUGGGCACGGAGUCACGUAGCGACCCUAGGAUGCCCUGCUACCACGGUCAUCAUUCGUUCCCUGCGCACCCUCCUAGCCAGCGACGAAGACUUGUGCAUGAUCUCCAAGUCGGCCUUGAGGAAAGAAAUAGACACACUCGUCAAAAGUGCACUCGCACCAGCUCUGGAAACCGCGCGCAGAAUCCUACCACGCUCGGACGAUCCGCAAUCUCUGAUACUCGAUGUGAAGUACAACCGGGAAGCCACUUCAAAGCAGGUCAGAGAUGCUACAUCAGGCGCCAUCAUCGAGAACCUCCGCCGCCGCAUCAUCCACCGCCGCGCCCAAUGCCCGAGUCCCUCGAACCCCUCUACGAUUUCAUACGCACCCACUACGGCAAACUCCUCGCAACAGGUGCCACAAUCGCCUCCGCCCUCUUCCUGCACCACGACUCAAAACGCAACCACCGACAAUGCAGGAACGCACUGAUCUGGCCCAAAGUCAAGGCACAUGUGGCGGUGCUGUGGCUUCGGCCGCGAUUACACCGUGCCUUCGACGUCUUGACCACAAGCAUU